AAGAAGUACUUGAAUAUCGUGAUCUUGAGAGUUAUAGACCUAAGAGUUAUAGGCUUAAGAGUCACAGGCUUAGAUCACAACUAGAGCUUUGGAUUUGUGUUAGAGCUUGGUUAAAAUUACAGGCUUG